AUGCUCGUCGCCAUUGCUUGGACCGAUGGAUUACUGGCUAUUCUGUCACCUGAGGCUAGCAUAGAAUUCAACGUGGAUGAGGAGCUGAAAAGUGUUGUGAAAUUCCUUGCAAUGGAGCGCCGACGGAAGUUCCCUUUGGGCCGUUAUGGAGUGUACAAAUUGGUCAGUAAAAGUUCCACAGAAAAAUGCGGCGAAUGCAAUGUAGGUGACAAGCCGACGGCAGCCUGCAAACGAGUGAAAGCGACACAACAAGGACAAAUUGCCGGGCAGGAUGGUCGAGCCUUGAAUGAAGCGACAUCAACAAAUGAUGUGAUGACAUGGGUCCAAGUAUCAACUUCGAUUACGUCAUCGAUGGUCAUUGGUACCGAAGGAGGUGUGAUACAUGUAGUAGACAGAAAUGCCAGUGCUAUCAGACUGUGUCAGCUUGACUAUCGAAUUGAUUUUCUCGCUUACUAUGAUCCGAAAGCGCUACUGAUCGCAUUAACAAGUGAUAUGAUGCUCUACCACCUGACAAUUAUGCCAGACUCAGCUACCGUUGAGAAAUUAAAGGUAAAGCUGAAUGGCAAAGGGAGCCCAUCGAUUCUACUUAGGGAGAAUCUCCUACUCAUAUGCCACCAAGAAAAAGAUCUAAGGGUGUGGGAUCUUGAAACGGAGGAGAAUGGCACAAUUUCAUUACAGCCAUCCAAAGGAUUUGAGGCAGACGAUAUCAUCCUUUGUGUGGAUUACUCUAAACGUAAAGGAAUGAUUUCUGCCGGUACAAUGAGGGGCAAAGUGGCGAACUGGAAACGUCGACCUGGCGAGUCAUCUGUAGAGAACACUUGGCGUCUUCAGACUGAUAACCUCAAUGGAAUGGUGUCCAAUGUACUCUGCAUUAGCGCUCAAUUCAGACGACGAGAUGACGAUAUUACAGGAGGAAAACAAUAUAAUCUGUUUGAGGAAAUAAAGUGA